CGCGCGCUGACCGGCUGGUGGUGCCCCGCGGCCCCGGCAUCAUGAACGCCAGCGGCCCGGGCUACCCGCUCGCCUCGCUCUACGUGGGCGACCUGCACCCCGACGUGACCGAGGCCAUGCUCUACGAGAAGUUCUCGCCCGCAGGCCCCAUCCUGUCCAUCCGCGUGUGCCGCGACGUGGCCACCCGCCGCUCGCUGGGCUACGCCUACAUCAACUUCCAGCAGCCGGCCGACGCGGAGCGGGCACUGGACACAAUGAACUUUGAGGUGAUCAAAGGCCAGCCCAUCCGCAUCAUGUGGUCCCAGCGAGACCCCGGACUUCGCAAGUCAGGUGUGGGCAACAUCUUCAUCAAGAACCUGGAGGACUCCAUCGACAACAAGGCCUUAUAUGACACCUUCUCCACCUUCGGGAACAUCCUCUCUUGCAAGGUGGUGUGUGACGAUCACGGCUCCCGAGGCUUUGGCUUUGUCCAUUUUGAGACCCAUGAGGCCGCACAGCAGGCCAUCAGCACCAUGAACGGGAUGCUACUGAAUGACCGCAAAGUCUUCGUUGGCCACUUCAAGUCCCGACGGGAGCGGGAGGCGGAGCUGGGGGCCCGGGCCCUGGAGUUCACCAACAUCUAUGUGAAGAACCUCCAGGUGGACGUGGACGAGCGGGGCCUGCAGGAUCUCUUCUCCCAGUUUGGGAAGAUGCUGAGUGUGAAGGUGAUGAGGGAUGACAGCGGCCACUCCCGGGGCUUUGGCUUUGUGAACUUUGAGAAGCAUGAGGAAGCCCAGAAGGCUGUGAUGGACAUGAAUGGGAAGGAGGUGAGCGGGCGGCUGCUCUAUGUGGGCCGGGCCCAGAAGCGCGUGGAGCGGCAGAGCGAGCUGAAGCGCAGGUUCGAGCAGGUGAAGCAGGACCGGCUGAACCGCCACCAGGGUGUGAACCUGUAUGUGAAGAACCUGGAUGACUCCAUCGAUGAUGAGAAAUUGAGGAAAGAGUUCUCUCCCUUUGGAGUGAUUACCAGUGCCAAGGUGAUGACAGAGGGUGGCCACAGCAAGGGGUUUGGCUUUGUGUGUUUUUCCUCUCCAGAAGAGGCGACGAAGGCUGUGACAGAGAUGAACGGGCGCAUCAUUGGCACCAAGCCGCUGUACGUGGCGCUGGCCCAGCGUAAAGAGGAGCGGAAGGCCAUCCUGACCAACCAGUACAUGCAGCGCCUCUCCACCGUGCGGGCCCUGGGCGGCCCGCUCCUGGGCUCCUUCCAGCAGCCCACCAGCUACUUCCUGCCCGCCGUGCCCCAGCCUCCAGCCCAGGCUGAGCCCUAUGGCUCAGGCCCAUCCAUGCAGCCUGCUCCCAGGUGGACGGCCCAGCCGCCCAGACCCUCAUCCGCCUACCCUCCAGCUGCCUCAGUGGUCCGGCCACCAGCCACGUCUCGGCGCCCCCUGGCCCAGGUCAGCAGUGUGAGGCAGGUCUCCAGCCAGGUGCCGUGCCUGGUGCCCCACACCCAGAGAGUGGCCAACAUUGGUACCCAGACUCCAGGACCCGAUGGGGCAGGAUGCUCUACACCAGGCAGGCCUCUCCUGACACACGGAUAUUCCUUGGCAACGCCCAACACGCAUCGGGUCCAGGAGCCUGCUGUGCGCAUCCUGGGACAGGAGCCCCUGACUGCCUCCGUGCUGGCCGCAGCGCCACUGCACCAGCAAAAGCAGAUGAUUGGUGAGCGUCUCUACCCCCUUAUCUACGAUGUCCACACCCAGCUGGCUGGCAAGAUCACGGGCAUGCUGCUAGAGAUCGACAACUCGGAGCUGCUCCUCAUGCUGGAGUCUCCAGAGUCCCUCAAUGCCAAGGUAGAAGAGGCUUUGGCAGUGUUGCAGGCACACCAGGCCACGGAGCAGACGACAGUGAAUGUACACUGAAGCCAGGUGGGUGGAACGGGGACAGGAGCAGCUGAGCCCAGGAGAAGCUGUAAAGGACUGGGUGGGGACGGGCUUUCAUAAACGCACCAACAACCGUGUUGUCACUGGCUUUCUCUGAGGUACCGAGGAGUUUGGGGGCGCUGUGAAGGGACCAAAGGAAAGGACAGAUGGUGACUGGAAUGGUGGUGUGUCGUGCACAGUGAAGAAGGUGUUCCCUUGCCAGCUGCCCAGCCUGGCCUCACUCACAAUAGGUUGGGCUUUCCCAGGGCACAGCCUGGCUUGGCCUAGUCCAUGUUCUCAGUUGAAGACCAG